GAACACGCUUGAUCUGAUUUUAUUUUUAAGCUUUUGAUGACACUUUCCCUUGUCGGAUUCUACUCUCUAUACCUUUGAAAUGGCAGAUUCGAAUACUGAAACAACCGGUGCUUCUUCGGGCUCCGUAGGUGCUGAUGAGAACGCUACCCAGAUUCAACCGAUCCGGAUGCCAACCAUCGAGGAGAUCCGAGCUCAAGAGGUUUGGAACAACUGUGCCGUUCGCGCUGUUACUAGUGGAGUCAUGGGAGGAGGCCUCGGGUUGAUGAUGGGUUUGUUCUUGGGGGCACUAGAUAAUCCUAUUAUGCAUGAUACGAUGACGGCUAGGCAGCAGUUUGUGUUCACAGCAAAACAAAUGGGCCAAAGGAGUUGGAAUUCCUGUAAGACAUUUGCGGUUAUGGGUUUGGUUUUCUCUGCAGCAGAAUGCAUUGUCGAGAAGGCAAGAGCUAAGCAUGACACAACAAACACCGCUAUAGCUGGAUGUGUGACCGGUGGUUCAAUGUCCGCCCGAGGUGGGCCAAAAGCUGCGUGUAUAGGUUGCGCUGGCUUUGCAACUUUCUCUGUACUCAUAGAGAAGUUCUUUGAUAGGCAUACAUAAACCAAUGAGAUAUCUAACAGACGCCAAUGCUGAGAUUUUUUUGCUGCUUCUUUUAUGUGAUAGUGAUACAAUUCAUCAUCUGAGCGCAGAGAGAUAGAAGCUAGAAUUACACUUUUAAAUAUAGAAUAAGCAAGGCU